AUGUCAGGGGUAGCAAACUUAAAACACGUUUUCGGUUAUCGUACAGGAAUAUCAGGCUCUGUAGUAUUUUCAGAUGAACAGACAAUAGUUUAUCCAUGCGGAUCAAACUUAGUCUUAUAUAAUAUUGAACAAAAAUCACAGAAGUUUAUAGCAGGCUUGGAAAAGUCACAGGGGAUGACAGCAAUUGCCAUAAGUCCAAAUAGAAGAUACCUUGCCCUUGCUGAAAAAACCUCGGAUAAGCCUGUUGUCACUAUAUACGAUUUACAAGCCCUGCGCAAGAAGAAAACCUUGCACACUUCAGACGUUCACUCCAGCGAAUUUGUUAGUGUGGCUUUCUCACCGGACUCAAAGUACCUUGCAGUUCAGGGUGGGCAUCCAGACUGGAUACUAACAUAUUGGUCAUGGGAAAAGCCUAAGCAACUUGCUAGCAUCAGGACUUCUGUAUCUAACCCAGUCAAACAGAUUUCAUUUAGUCCUCACGAUUGCACGUUAAUAUGUGUUGUUGGUACUGACAUUUUUCGUUUGUAUCGAUAUGGUGAAAACAACCUUAAAACAUACGGUUUAAUCAAGGUAGAACUUCGUAACUUCCUUUGUCACACCUGGAUUAACGAUGAAAAAAUUGUCGUUGGAACAGAAGAUGGACGCUGGAUUUUGAUAGAGAAUGGUGAACCAAGGAUAGAAUAUCAACUCACUACUACGGAUGAAGCAGAUAAUAAAGGUGGUAAUCAGGAAGGAAAAGAUAUUGAAGAGGUUAGCACGAAAGUUAAAAAUAGUAUUACUGCAUUGGCAUCAACAUCAAAAGGUUUAGCUGUAGCCUGUUCACCUGGUUUAGUUCAUUGGUUUGAACAUAUUGAUCCAAAUAGCUCACCUCGUCAUUACUCCCAACAGCAACAACAACAACAACGUCAAAGUGAUGCAAAAUACCAGCAAAAGGAUUCACUCAGUUUUACCGCAGGAAAAGCAUCAAUAAGUAGUCAAGUUAUUCGAUAUCCUUCAGUAUCAGUAACAGGUGGGGUAAUACUGGGUGGUGCUACAGAAGCAGUGGCGACAACAACAACAGGAUCAGUAUCAUCGAGAGAUGAAUAUAGACUACUGCGUAGUAUUCAUAUCCCAUACGAUCCAACUAUCAGUAUAGAUAGUGAAUUUAAUGCUGGUCAAAAUAUUACUCAACUUGUAAUUAGUCCAUCAGAAGAUUUUAUUAUAGCUACAACUGAUACACAUCAGAUAUAUCAAUUCAAUUUAAAUAGUGUUGAUCUUAGUAUAAAAGGCGGUGAUCUAGUUAGCAGGAAGAAUUUAGUGAAUGCUGUAGUCAGAGGACAAAAUCUGCCUAAAGAUCAAAUGAUAUUUGAACCAGUAUCACAGUCAUUUCAUAAUGGACAAAUAUUAGGCAUGGAUGUCUGUAUGCGUAAACCGCUAAUAGCUACUUGUGCAACUGACAGAACAGUUCGAAUAUGGAAUUAUGAAACAAAUGAUUUAGAAUUAACUAAACAAUUUGCUGAAGAAGCAUUCAGUAUUGCACUUCAUCCAUCUGGUUUAUAUGUUUUAGUCGGUUUCAGUGAUAAAUUACGUUUAAUGAAUAUACUUAUUGAUGAUAUAAGAACAUUUCAUGAAUUUACAAUACGUGGAUGUCGUGAGUGUGCAUUUAGCAAUGGUGGCCAUUUAUUAGCAGCAGUCAAUGGAAAUGUAAUACAAAUUUAUUCUGUUACAACAUUUGAAAAUGUCACUAAUUUAAAAGGACACAAUGGUAAAAUUCGUUCAAUUGUUUGGUCAGAUGAUGAUAAUAAAUUAAUUUCAUGCGGUAUGGAUGGAGCUGUUUAUGAAUGGGAUCCACAGAAAGGGACAAGAAUUAAUGAAAGUGUACUCAAAGCUUGUGGUUAUACAAGUGUCACUGUUUCACAAGAUGCUAAAACUCUCUAUGCUGUUGGUUCAGAUAAGACAUUGAAAGAAAUAAGUGAUUCACAGAUUAUUCGUGAGAUUGAAUCACCUGAUGUAUUGCUGACAACAGUCGCUGUAUCCCGUUCUGGACGUAUGUUAUUUUGUGGUUGUCAAAAUGGUCACAUUAAAUCAUUUCAUAUGCCAUUGACAGAACGUUCUGAUUGGCAAGAUUAUAUUGGUCAUUGUGGUAGUGUAACUAAAACACGUAUGGCAGCAGCUGAUGAUUACUUAAUUACUGUCUCUGAUGACUGUUCAGUUAUGAUCUGGCGUAUACAAGAUCGUGAAGCUCGUAGUAAUAAAGCAGAGAAAGAAAUUGUCUGGACUGAAGAGAUAUUAAUUACAAAAUCAGAUUUAGAAGAAAAAAAUUUAAUAAUGUCUGAAUUAAAAACCCGUGUAGAAGAAUUAAAAAUGGAGAAUGAAUAUCAACUACGCCUUAAAGAUAUGAAUUAUAAUGAACGUAUUAAAGAAUUAACUGAAAAAUUCAUUCAAGAAAUGGAAACACUAAAAACUAAAAAUCAAUUACUAAAAACUGAAAAAGAACGUGAAGAAAAUCAUCAUCUUGUACAAUUACAAGAAGUCAUAGAAAAGCAUAGUCAAGAAUUACAAAAUUUAGAAUCAAUAUCUAAUCAAAAAUUAAUUAUUGAAUAUGAAAAAUAUCAAGAAUUACAGAAUUUAUCACAACGUAAAGAAAUUGAAUAUGAGAAACAAUUACAUGAUAUGGAAACAGAUAAAGAACGUCUGCUGCAUGAGACAACUGAAUUUUAUGAAUCAAAAAUUAAUGAUAAAAAUAUUGCUAUGGAAAAUUUAACACGUGAACUGAAAGAACAAACCAAUGAAUAUGAAAUAUCGAAACGUUUAAUCGAGGAAGAUACAGAUCGUGAAAUUUUAGAAAUUAAAAUUAAAUAUGAAAAACGUUUACGUGAUGAACGUGAAGUGAAUGCUCGACUGAAAGGUGAAUCAGGUAUUAUGAAAAAGAAAUUCUCUAGUUUACAAAAAGAAAUUGAUGAUCAUAAAGAAGAGAUUAAGAAGUUUCAUGCAGAAACACAAAAGUUGAAUACAGUUAUACGUAAUCAGGAAAAAGAUAUUCAAGGUUUAAGAAAAGAAGUACAAGAAAGAGAUGAAACUAUUCAAGACAAGGAGAAACGGAUUUAUGAUUUAAAGAAAAAGAAUCAAGAAUUAGAAAAAUUCAAAUAUGUAUUAGAUUAUAAAAUUAGAGAAUUGAAAAAACAAAUUGAACCAAGAGAAAAUGAUAUCAAAAAUUAUAAAGAACAAAUUCAAGAAAUGGAAGGUGAAUUAGAACGUUUUCAUAAACAAAAUGAUCAACUUGAAAUAAAUAUUGCUGAAUUAAAACAAAAGUAUAAAUCAGUUGAACAUGAAUUGAAACUUGAACGCCAAGCAACUAGAGAUGUCGAGUCAUUAGUUCGUAGACUGAAAACAGAUUUAUUCAAUUGUGUUGGAUUUAUUCAAGAACCGAAACAAUUAAAAGCUGGUAUACUGGCAUUGUAUAGAAAGCAUAUUCAUGAAGAUAUGACCUCACAAUUACCAAUGGCUGUUGAUGCUUCAGCUGAUGCAGAUAUUCAAAAAGAAUUUUCAAGACAAAGAGAACAUCUUGAACGAUCUGUAAUUGGAUUAAGACAAAAAUUAGCCCGUGAUAGUGAAAUGCAUCGUGCAGAUUAUGUUCGUAUAAUGCAAGAGAAUGUUAGUCUUAUUCAAGAAAUCAAUAAUCUACGUACAGAAUUAAAAGCAGCUCGUAAUCAUAUUAACGAUUUAGAAGCAGCGCUUGGUUUAAAUCGUAAAGAUGGUGAUAAAGCUAGACAGUUAUUAAUCCAGGUGAAUAAAUCACGACCUAAUCCUGUAUUAGAAGCUGAUUAUGAACAAGCUCAACGUGCAUUAGCUGCUCAACAAAAUUUAAUUGAUGCAUUACAAAUGAAAUUGGAUGGUUAUAUACAAGCUUAUAAUGGUAAUAAUUCAAAUGAUUUAUUAAAAGAUUUACAAUCUGCUGCUCAUUCACCAUAUACAAAAUCACCAUCUGCUACAACGACAACAACAACAACAGCAGCAGUACAACAAUCACAGUCAAGGCCAUAUUCAAAUUCACAUGUUCUACCGCCAAUUAAUAAUGGUGGAAUGAUUGAGUCAGCGGAGAAGAAAACGCCUACAGCUACUUAA